AUGCCUUCCUUUUCAGUUCUGUUGGCCAUCUCCGCCCUUGCUUCCUUUACCCAUGCAAAACCUAUUCCUGCCCCUCAGGUGACGACCAAGAAGGGCUUCACGAUUGUUCAAGCCGUUGCGAAGCCAUUCCAAGCCGGUCCAGUCGUCUUGCAAAAGGCCUAUAACAAAUUUAACAAGGCUAUCCCCGCAGACGUCAAGGCAGCUGCAGCUGAUGGUUCCGUCACCGCAACCCCCGAGGAGUACGAUGCAGAAUAUCUUUGCCCUGUGACCGUGGGUGGCCAGACAUUGAACUUGGACUUUGACACGGGAUCUGCAGAUCUAUGGGUCUUCUCGUCAGAGUUACCUGCCUCUCAGCGAUCUGGACACAGCUACUAUGAUGCUUCCAAGUCCAACACCAGCAGAAUGCUUUCUGGUGCGACGUGGAACAUCAGCUACGGUGAUGGCUCUGGUGCCAGUGGCAACGUCUACACGGACACAGUCAAUGUUGGGGGCACGACAGUCACCGGCCAAGCUGUCGAACUGGCUUCGCAGAUUAGCGCCGAGUUUCAGCAAGACGAAGACAACGAUGGCUUGCUCGGUCUGGCCUUCAGCUCUAUCAACACAGUCCAGCCUACCCAACAGACCACAUUCUUUGAUACCGCAAUCAACGAAGGAGCCCUUGACCAAAAUGUUUUCACCGCCGACUUGAAGAAGGGCGCUCCAGGGACUUACAACUUCGGAUUCAUCGACGGCAGCAAGCACACCGGGGCCAUCACCUACACUCCAGUCAAUACGGCCAACGGGUUCUGGGAAUUCACAGGUACUGGCUACGGCGUUGGGGACGGAUCCUUCCAGCAGAUCAGCAUCGAUGCUAUCGCCGACACCGGCACGACUCUUCUUCUCCUGGAUGAUUCUAUUGUCAGCGACUAUUACAGCCAAGUCAGCAGCGCCAGAUACGACAACACUCAAGGUGGCUAUAUAUUCCCCUGCUCAGCCAGCCUUCCGGACUUCGUGGUCGGCAUUGAAGACUACCAUGCUGUCGUCCCAGGCUCAUUCAUCAACUUUGCGCCUGCCACCGGCUCAACAUGCUAUGGAGGAAUCCAGAGCAACCAAGGCCUCGGCUUCUCCAUCUACGGAGAUGUCUUCCUCAAAGCCGUCUUUGCCGUGUUCGACAGCGACAACACUCAGGUUGGCUUUGCCCCGAAAGCUUUGUGA